AUGAGUUUGCUUCACUGCACAGAAGGAAACUUGAAGGUCGAUGAGGAUCUAGAGGAAGUCUGGCACUCCAAGUGCGACGAAACUCUCUUGAACAAGCUCCUCCAAUCUAAGCAGCACUCAUCAAGAGUAUUAAUUAUCAAAACACGCCAUGUGCCGCCAUUUUCCCAAUAUCAGGAGGAUGAGAAGCGGAUGAGAAGCCAUAAGGAAAUUAAGAAUGUGGUUUUGGCCAUGUCUUCUCUUGCAGAAGAAUACAAGGAUGAGGCCGCGGCGGCUGCAGCUGCUUUGGCCAUCUCAAAGGCUACCUCUGAAGGAUCUGAUGAGCAGAUCCGAUGGUUCAUGGAGCAUGGUUGCGUUGGGAAACUCUGUGAACUUUUGAAAUCUCCAGACCCAAAGAUUGCGGUGGCGCUUGAUUUGGAAGAAGCUUCGCAGCGGAGGGAGGAGGAUCUGGAGGAAGUCAGGCACUCCAAGCGCGACGAAACUCUCUUGAACAAGCGCCUCCAAUCUAAGCUGCUGUUCUCAGAUGCUUCGCAGACCCAUGGCCAUGGUGUUGACACUCUGGAGAUGGCUGUUGCAAAAGCUGGCUUUGAACAUGCAGAAUGUAAGGGUGAGGCGGCGGCAGCUGCUUUGGCCAUCUCAAAGGCUGUCUCUGAAGGAUCUGAUGAGCAGGUCCGAUGGUUCAUGGAGCAUGGUUGCGUUGGGAAACUCUGUGAACUUUUGAAAUCUCCAGACCCAAAGAUCGUAGUUUGUUGCCUCGAGGGGAUUCGUAACAUUUUGAAGGUGGGGCUGGCUGACAAAAGAGCGGGAAAAAUAUUUACAGGGAGAUGA